GGACACGGCCACGGACCCACCCUCGGACCGGGAGCCGGACCGGGACCCGCAGCCGGAGCCGGGGCGGUGCCGCGGGCGCUAAUAAAGGCGUUGGGCGGAGCCGCGUGUCCGCGUCUGUGUGCGGGGCCGUUACCGGGCGGUUGGCGGGGCGAUGCGGGGGGCGAUGCUGGGGGUGCUGGCGCUGGGGGUGCUGGCGCUGGGGGUGCUGGCCGCGCUGGGCUGGUGGCCGGCGGGGGGCGGCGGGGCGCUGGGGGGGCGGCCGGUGGUGCCGGUGCUGGUGGCGGCGGACGGCGCCCCGCAGCGCGCCCGGACCUACAUCAUCCCCAUCGAGGGGACCCCCCGCACCGUGCACCUGCGGCAGCAAGUGUUUUUGCUGGGGGAUUUACGGAUCUAUACGGAUGGCCGAGGGGGGCUUGCAAAAUCCGAACUGGCACAUAUUGAGCACGACUGCUUCUACGAAGGCUACAUCGAGGGAUUCCCCAUUUCGCUCGUGGCACUUAGCACCUGCUCCGGGCUGAGCGGGAUCCUGCAGCUUGUGAAUGCCAGCUACGGGAUCAAGCCUCUGCAGGUCGCAGCUGGGUAUCAGCAUCUCGUGUACCCAAUGUGGAAUGAAAACGCAGAGACUCGGCUGUUUGUAGAAAACCGCUCUCUUGCCCAGACUGGGGAGCUGUCACUGAAGCCGGAGGAUGCAAUAAGUAAGCAAGCCGUCGGUAGGUCCUCUCGGUAUCUGGAAAUGCACGCAGUUUUGGACAAAGCUCUGUACGACUAUAUGGGAGCAGACAAGGAUGCUGUGACGGCCAAGAUAGUGCAGCUUUUCAGCUAUGUGAACAGUAUGUUUGCUCGCCUCAGUCUGACAAUAGUACUGUCUUCUCUGGAGUUUUGGACGGAAGAGAACAAAAUCCAAACCACGGGAGAUGCCGAGGAGUUGCUGCAGAGAUUUUUGCAGUGGAAAAAUGCGCAUCGUGCAUUGCGGCUGCAGGACAUAACGUUCCUAUUUGUUUACAGGGAGCAGUCCCGUUAUGUAGGGGCAUCUUCUGCGGGGAAGCUGUGUCUCAGAAACCACGCUGGAGGGGUUGCCUUGUACCGGAGGGCUAUGACACUGGAGGCGUUUGCGGUUGUCGUGGCCCAGCUGCUGGGGCUCAGCUUGGGGAUGGCAUACGAGGAUCCCAGGAGCUGUCGCUGCGCAGGAGCCGCCUGCAUAAUGCAGCCCAGCUCGGUACACUCGGCUGGCGUGAAAGCCUUCAGCAGCUGCAGCGUAAGAGACUUUCAGCGUUUUCUCGCCGCUGGAAAGGGGCAGUGUCUGCUGAACAGGCCAGCUAUGGAUUCAACGUAUAAAGCUCCUGUGUGCGGCAACAAAGUGGUGGAGCUGGGAGAGGCUUGUGACUGCGGUACAGCAGAGGAAUGUCGGCGUGACCCGUGCUGCACCGUUGGCUGCAAGAUGAGGAGAGGGGUGCAGUGCCUGUCGGGACCGUGCUGCCAGAAAUGCCAGUUUGUGAAAAGAGGCACAUUAUGUAGAAGCAGCUCCGAGGAUGAGUGUCAAUUGAAGGAGUAUUGCAACGGCACCUCUGGGGAAUGUGCACCCGACCUCUGGGUCAUGGACGGGCACCCCUGCAGCAGGAACACUGCCUUCUGCUACCGGGGAGUCUGCCAGACGGCCGACAAGCAGUGUCAGAAGGUCUUUGGCCAAGGUGCCAAGAAUGGACCUUUGGCCUGCUAUGAAGAAAUUAACAGCCAAAGGGACAGAAUGGGACACUGCGGCACCAAUCGCCACGGGUACCAGCAUUGUGCGUGGAAGGAUCUCCAAUGUGGGAAGCUUGUGUGUGAAUAUCCAAGCUCCAAACCCUUUACCAAGGAGAAGGCUGCGGUGAUUUACACUCAGGUGCAGAACACGCUGUGUGUAACGUUAGACUACAUGAAACCUCUCACGGAGAGGGACCCCAUGCUGGUGAACGACGGCACCGUCUGUGAUGACCACAAGAUCUGCCUGAACCAGCAGUGUGUGUCCGCCGCUGUCCUGAACUAUACAUGUGAGAUGGAGACAAAGUGCCACAAUCAUGGUGUCUGCAAUAACCAAGGGAGCUGCCAUUGCCAUCCCGGCUGGAAACCACCGACUUGCCAGGAGAAGGCAGGGGUGAUUGGUGGGAGCGGCGGCAGCCCGUCCGCAGAUGGUGAGGUAGACGACAGGAGCGAGGGCUUGCAGAAGCUGUGGCUGAUUCUGACCUUCUGCCUCUUUUUGCCUGUCGCCAUUGGGCUCGUGCUCAUGGCACUAAGGAGAAGCUGCCUUGCCACGGAGAAGUUGGAUGAAGACGUGUUGGAAGACAAGGACUGCGUCAACAAGGAAAGGAGCAUGUCAGAUGUGUAGCGGCACAGCAGGGAAGGACAUUGAAAUUGUCCAGGAUCUGGCAGGGUCUGGCAGCGGGUCUCGGAGCGCAGUCCAUGGAGAGCACUGCACGGAGGACGCCGUGGUGCGGCACAGCGGAGGAGAUGCCCACGGCCCCAGACUUGGGAGCAAAGUGCCCUACAGCCGGUGUAGUGGUCGCUGUCAGCGCAUGUAGUGUGUCUCUUGCGGUGUUCGUUGCUCAAUAAAAGGUGUCUGUGAUCCCUGAGCGGCACCAGGUGCUGGAGCUGUGCCUGGACUGGGUGGCCCUGAGUGAGUGGAGGGACCCCGGCUGUGUGAUGGGGUGGGGUGGGCAAGGGCUGCUCCUGCCCGGGGCAUGGCCAGGAGACGUGGCCAGCCCUGACCGACAUGUGCCUGGUGUGAUGCCAGUGACUGAUUGAUUGAUUGCCCCAAAUAUCCCCCGAACAGUGAAUGACUCUAUGUCUCUCCCGGGCUGUCUCUGUCCUCAGGCAGAAGUUUUGGCUGUUCUGUUACACCCUCCUGCCCAGGGUGCCUGAGCGAUACCCCUAACUCCCGGGAGUAUCAUAGCUGCUCUCCUUUCUUGGGACUCAUCUUUUAGCCAUACAGAGUGGGUUAGGGAAGUCAAAACAGAUGGGAAGAAUUCAACCCCUAGUUUUGAAAAUGGGGUUAAGGAUGCUAUAGAAAUGCAAAAUACAAAUUAAU